CAUUACAGUACCUAAUGAAAAUGCAUCAUUACUUUCUACUUAUGUAUCCCAAGGCCUAUCAUCUAACAUACAGCGUAGGUGGAAGUGUCUUGAAAACUAUAAAACAUUAUAUAAAUAUUAGCUUAUUAAAUCCACACUGGGUCAAGAACAGGUACUUUACCUUUCAUAUCCACCACUUUCUAGUUGCACGACCUCAAGCAUUACUUUGAACCUCUCUGAACCGCUAUUCUACUCAGUGAAGUGGGAGUAGGGACAAGAAAAUAACAACAAUUAGUGACUUACAUGCCUAUUAACUUACUUAGUUCUAUGUGGUAGAUACUAUUAUUAAGUACUUUGCCCAAGGUCAUGAAAUUAGUAGGCACGGGAGCCAGGAUCACACCUCUGCUGUGCUGCUGUCCUUGGCAUUGUAGCAAGGAUGCCGAGAUCAUUCGUGUAAUAAAGCUUUGUACCUGUUAAACAUUAUUACAUUAUUACGCUUGGUGUCACUGGUAUUCCAUGGAUUUUGGUCAUGCCUCCAUCAGUACAGAGUGCCUUGAUAUGCCUUCUCUGCUGGAUUUUAAGCUUUGUGAAAGUAGAGAUUUCAGCUUUAUCUCUGAACCCCCAACAUCUAGCACAAAGGAGGUGUUCAGUAAGUCUCAUGAAUAUUAAAUGACCGUUUCAUCUCUGUGACUCCCACACCUUGCACAGCACCUGGCACACUGUAAGCACAUAACAGGUACUUAGUGAAUAAAUUCUAGGAAAAGACAUAAAUGUACACGGAAUAAAAAUCAAGUGAAAUUUGAAUCACUGAAUUUAGGGGUCUUUGUAUUUUUUUCCGUAAAGUUGUCUGGUUCGAGAGGCAAUAUGAAAUAGUGAAAGGAGCUCCAGAGUGACAGGCAGAGAGGCCUUGGGCUCAAAUCUGGGGUACGCUACCACUCCUAAUCCUGACCAAACCUCUUCCCUCCUAGGGACUUUCCUUCCCUAAGCUUCCUAUCUGCACAGGGGCUCCAACACUGUCCAAGUCUAAGUGCCUACAGACAAACUGCUUGGAAAAGUCCUUCAUGCGAGACCCCAUCAUUCUUCCUUAUUCUGCGCAGGGCGGAGAGUUAGGUUGCCGGGCAACCGUGGCUGGGGGCGGGGGCGCAGGGGCGCAGCAGCGGAGAUCCUGGGAACUCGGCGGACCCGACUCCGUGCGGUGGGAACGGUUACCUUGCCCGCUUGGGUGGCAGCUGCCAGGCACGGUUUUCAGACAGUCUCCAUAUGCCGGGCAGUGUUCAAGGACCUGUGAAAACAGCAGUGGACAAGAAAUGUGUAAUUGGUGCCCCUGUGGAGUUUACAACCUAGAGGAGCCACCGUCUGAGGCAGAUUCUAUCAUCAUCCCCAUUUUACAAGAAUGGAAACAGUCACGGCAGGUUGGAUCACCAAAGCCCGAGGUUACACGGCUGUGAACUUCCCGAGAGCCAGCGUCCUCUUCUAGAAAAGAGAAAUAUCUGGAAUACUACUUCUGGGGAGUAUUAUGAUAAUUAUACAAAUUAAUAUAAGUAAAACAAUGCCCUGCCUUAAUAAGGGCUUCCAUAAAUGGUUAUUAUGA